UUUGUUAGGUCCCAACCCUCUAGACUCAACCUGUCUGUAGUAAUGACACCUUUAUUGUGAAGGGACGGUACCGGAAGUGUAGCUGUUGCUGGGUAGAGGAAGUAGCUUGUGGCGACGCGUAACGUUUAGUGGACGUGUAACGCUGCGUUUCUCAGUUUCCUGCUGAUUAGGGAGGGCAGUGAUACCAUGUGCAAGUCACAUGAACGACGAGGAUGAGGCAGGAACAACACUGGGGCAUUCUGAGGAGAGAGCCAUUGCACAGUGUCUUCCUGGGGGUGGGGGUUUGCUGCCUGUGAGGCUCGUGCUCGUUCUCAACAUAUGCAAUGAAUAGCACCACGCAGCCCCCUACCGACAUAAAUGGAGAUGUGGCAGUCAGCUACGUGUUGGUGCCGUUCGUCUUGAUCACUGUUUUUGGAAUAGCUGCAGCUGUGGUCAUGUAUCUUCGUAAGAGAAAAAGAAUUGACAGACUACGUCAUCAGCUGUUUCCAGUUUACUCAUAUGAUCCUUCUGAGGAGCUAAUUGAAGCUGAACAAGAAAUCUGGAGAGACGAUGACACAAGGAUUGUACAAGGUUGGUCCAGAGGCUAUCAGCAGCAAUGCCCUCUCCUGUCCAAAGAUGCCAAUGCAUAACAGUGCAAAGUCAACAUGUUACUUGUUGGAGACAACCUUCAGCCACACAGAUCAGUUGUAUUCACCUCCAUGCACCUAACUUUUUUUACACUCUGCUACUGUGAGCUUUGAGUCAGCAUCUCUUAUUUCUCUUUUAAAUACUGUGCAGUCAGUGGGCGACUCUGACACAUUUAUCUAAUAGAAGCAGCAGCUUGAACUUAUUUAUUUAAAAUAACUUAUUGGAUUUGGGUUAAUGGGGUUGUGUGACUCAUCCUGAAGAAGACGGGCUGUAUCUGCACAUACAGGUUCCAGUAGGUACAGCCUUGUUUACAUUUAUAAUGCUGUUGUGGGUGACAUGUGGUGAGCAGUUAUGUUCCUGUGGGUUGCAGCUGGCAUUUACACAGACUGUAAUUUAGGGGCUGUGGUAAGACUGAAUGUUGUGCUCUAGUUAAACUUCAUCACUUCGCUGUGAGAGGUUUGUGAUCAUUACCUGGACUGCCUGUUGUGUAGACGAUGUUUGCAGCCUGUUAUACACAAACAUGGCUUUUUCAUCUUUAAAGAGAUGUUAUUUGCAUCAAACACUGAGACACUGGAGUUUUAUGGUUUAGAUGUGAGUUUGAAAAGCUUUUUAAUUCAGUUUCAUUUUGAUCCUAAAGGGUGAACACACCCUAUUCUUGUUUUUAUUUGAUCUCUGAGCUUAACAGGCUCCACGAUGAUCUGGAUCUAUCUGCAGUUAAGCCAAAUCCUGUGACUUGCAUCAAUGGCAUGAAAAAGGAGAUAUGGCAGUAAAUAAAACCACCUCCUUUUUCUGAUCCCUUAAAUAAGGUGUGACUAGUUCACUAAAAACCCAUGUCUGCAAGACAUGGCACCAGCAUUUACCUCCGCCUGGAAGAUCUGUCCAGAUGAAUGCCAUAGGCCUGACUGUACCUAUGACUCAGGAAACCUCACUCUUGAUGAAUUGUAACUGUUCCUGAGGUUUAUUUGCCUUGUAGUUGUGAAUGUAAACUAAAAACCAAACUGUUAA